CAUCUGUCCUGGUCAGAAAAGAGGAAACGCGGCUGUUUUUACUGUAUAAAAUGAGCUGAAUCCGAGUAUGAAUCGUUACUUUACCCGGCUGAUUAAUAAAACACUGCGUGUUUCUCAGCGGAACUAAAGGCGUCCAGUCCUGCACAUGGAGAGCGACGCACAAACCGAGUGGAGCUCGGCAUUAGAAGACGACUUAGCCGCCGGUGACAUUCCUGUGUGCGCCUCUUUGUGGUCCGUCCCCGCUCCAGCCACUCUGUGGUCAGUUCCGGGUGUUGUAGGUGCUCCGGUAGCCGAGCAGGACGCUUCGUUAGGCUGCUACGAACUCGCCACUAUGCCAGAAGCGAACGACCAGGACACCCAGACUGAAGACUGGACAGAGGAGAAGGGCUCCAACACUACCGAUGACUGGGUCACUGUCAUGCACUCUAUAGAUGAGUACAGCUCCAGGCUGGAGUUACAGUAUGAGUCUCUGUUGAAGCAGGAAGAUACUGACCAGGCUGAACACACACUCCUCCUCGAGAGUCUGAAGAAAACGAGGGAUGAAACGAAACGGCAGCACCAGAUUCUCCUUGAUAAGAUCGAGUCUCUGCAGGUGAAGCUGGAACUGAACAGCAGUAAGACCACCCGGAAAAACUUCUCCACUAAGCUAGAAGAAUUGACCGCAGAGAGGGACCGACUGGCAGAGGGGAAGAGAAGAUUGACUCAGGAGUUGGAGGAGGCAGACAGGAAGCUGAAGCAGCUUACUGAGGAGCAAAACAACGAGAAGCUUUCAUGGGAACAGGAGAUAGCUGAUCUGCAGGAGGAGAAAGAGAGACUUUCAAAACAAGUGGAAGAAGCCAAUCAGAUGGCUCUAAAAGACGAGAUAGAAGCUUUGGAAUCUCAGAGAUUGUUGGCGAUUGCUCAUGUAGAAGACUGGCAAGCAGAAGCUGAAAGAUACCUGGGCAAGCUCAGGAUGGAACAUUCACCACAGCAUGGCCGACAGCGGAUGGAGUGGGAGAAAAAUGUGGUGAUGGUGCGAAACAGCCUGACUAAACUACAGAAUAUGUAUAAUGAAAACAUUAAGCUUCUACAGAAUGGUCAGCAGCUGGACAGUUUACCCCCAGUCUCCUUGCCAUCACUACCUGUUGUCCCCACGAUUGAGUUGUUUAUGAGUCCGCUCAGAAACUCAGUGCAGAUGCCGUAUUAUGGUGGUCCUAUGGUUCGUAUCCCUCCUCCCAGCGAGUUCCACCUCGGUGGUGCCCCGGCCCACAGAGUCACCCCUCCGCUCUCUCAUUCCUCGUCCCAAAGUCAUUCAGCUCCCAUCAUGACCUCAUCAUCACACGUAGUCAGGCCGAGGCCCCAGCUGACCAUGCCCACAAGUUUACCCCCGCAGCCCUCCUUCCGCAUGCCCGUCAUGCCUUCAGCUCACCCCCCACCCUCCACACACACCUUACCACACACCAUCACACCCGCUGGGUCCUACAGUGGCCCUGGACCUGCUCACGUUCCCCACAGCAGCAACUCACAUUGCUGUUUCCACGGCAACAGCUCAGGCAGCAGGUUUGCCAGCCCAGGCAGCAGCAGGACGGCCGCAUGCGACCCUCCCAGCUGCCCCCGCCCGAAACGCCUCCCCACACACCGUCUGGAGAGACUGGAGAGACAGUUCCCACAGUGCACCAGAACUCAGCUGAUGAGUGUGCUGCAGCAGAUUAAGAGUGAACGUGGCACUAUGGCUGGCAUGUCCAUAGACGAGGUCAUGCAACAGGUGUCCCAGAGACUGGCACAGAACGACCGCCCGCCUCCAGGCCCUAUAGCUCCUCCGACUGGCUCUCGCGUCUUUGCCGGUCCUCCUGGUCUAGUCCAGAGGCCCUCUGUCCAACCUCUGGCCGUGCGUCCCCCUAUCAGAGCCUCCAGUGCCCCUGUCUUCCAGCCAAGACCCUCACAGGCUCCACCGGUGCGUAAGCUGUGUUUGAUGUGUCAGAACCAUGUUGAACCUGGAACCCAGUACAACACAAACUGCCUUCACACUCUACACAAAGAGUGCAUCAGUGUGUGGCUGAAGUCCAGCAAGGACCACUCCUGCCCGUUCUGCCCCAGCAAAUGAGUGACUGUGAGACUUGAUGUUGAAAUCUCUGAAUAACUACAAAGAGCAUUUCAUUAACAGAAACUGAUAAACUGGUGGCUGGUUCUGAAUAAUGUGAUGUUACCAAAGUGGUAAAUUUAAGUUGCUUUAAGAUGGGAUGAUACUUUUAAUCCUAAAGGUUAAAGAAGACUUGAAGGGGUUUGAUUUCAGUAAGGAAGACUCGGUUUCUAAAAAUGUAAUAAUAGUAAUAAUGACUUUAUCUUUUAUAAUAAUGUUUUCUAUUACACGUUUGUUAUUUUUUAAAUUAAUGACAAUAAAUAUCAUUUAAAAGUUGUGUUGAGUGACUUUACAAGGUACGCUACUCGUUCUAAAUCCCAGUACUGGUGACCCCAUAGACUGCAAACAAGCUUUGCUGCUGCUAUCUACAUGAUUUAUUCUACUCAUCAGCUCGUUACCAAACCUUUAAUAAGCUGUGGAAGGUGUGCUGGAGCAGGGAAAACACCACCUGGUUCCCAUGGCUGAGAUCGAGAGAUGCUGUGAUAAUUUGAAUAUUUUCGUGAGCUGCCUGAAACCACACUCAGUUAAAAGCCCUGUUACUUUAAUGGAAUAAUGACUUUUAGAGGUGUUUU